GGGGCGGCCGGGCGGAGCUCGGGCGGAGCGGAACGGCCGCGGUGGCGUCGGCGGUCGGCAGGACUCUUUGGGUGCGUGGUGCGGAGGGAUACGUCGGUCGGGCGUUGGGCCGGCCCGGCAUCAUGGCCUCGGAGCUGGAGAGCCUCAACCCCGGGCAGCGCAUCAUGACCUUCCACCCCACCAUGGAGGAGUUCCGCGACUUCAGCCGCUACAUCGCCUACGUGGAGUCGCAGGGCGCCCACCGCGCCGGGCUGGCCAAGAUCGUGCCGCCCAAGGAGUGGAAGCCGCGGCAGUGCUACGAUGACAUCGACGAGCUCGUCAUCCCCGCGCCCAUCCAGCAGGUGGUGACGGGGCAGUCCGGGCUUUUCACGCAGUACAACAUCCAGAAGAAGGCUAUGACGGUCCGCGAGUUCCGCAGGAUCGCCAACAGCGACAAGUACUGCACACCCCGGUACACAGACUUUGAAGACCUUGAACGAAAAUACUGGAAGAACCUUACAUUCAAUGCCCCCAUCUACGGGGCUGACGUUAAUGGCACGCUCUACGACAAGCAUGUAGAUGCGUGGAAUAUUGGCAGAUUGAACACAAUCCUGGAUAUUGUGGAGAAUGAAAGUGGCAUAACCAUUGAAGGAGUGAAUACUCCUUACCUAUAUUUUGGUAUGUGGAAAACUUCCUUUGCUUGGCACACUGAGGACAUGGAUCUCUACAGUAUUAAUUACUUGCAUUUUGGGGAACCCAAGUCAUGGUACUCCAUCCCUCCAGAGCAUGGGAAGCGGCUGGAGAGACUUGCAAAAGGCUUUUUCCCAGGAAGUGCCCAAAGCUGUGAAGCAUUUCUCCGUCACAAGAUGACUCUCAUCUCUCCAUCAAUUCUGAAGAAAUAUGGAAUUCCAUUUGAUAAGGUGACACAGGAGGCUGGAGAGUUCAUGAUAACCUUUCCUUAUAGCUAUCAUGCUGGAUUUAACCAUGGCUUUAACUGUGCUGAAUCUACCAACUUUGCUACUCUUCGGUGGAUUGAGUACGGGAAGCAGUCAGUGCUGUGCUCAUGUCGGAAGGACAUGGUGAAGAUCUCCAUGGAUGUGUUUGUGAGGAAGUACCAGCCAGAUCGUUACAAGCUUUGGAAAGCUGGGAAGGAUGUGACAGUCAUUGACCAUGCUCUUCCAACCCCAGAGGCAGCAGAGUUCCUUAAAGGGGAUCUCAUGCAAAGAGUCAAGAAUGGGAAACAGUGUGCUGAGGAGAUGGAAACAGAGACGUGUAAAGAGAAGGUGGAUGGGGAUGAGACAAAAAGCAUCCCCAAGCACCGCAUAGGAACAAAAAGGCACAGGGUGUGCCUGGAAGUGCCUCAGGAGGUGAGUGAGAGUGAGGCCUUUCCUAAGGAGGAGCUGAGCUCCACACAGUAUGAAGAGGACAUGGCAGAGCCUCGUGAGAGGCCCACAAGUGAAUUUGUGCAGCAAGGUGAACAAAGGCUCAAACUUCCGGAUCGUGUGGACUCAGACAAAUUUGAAGAAUUGAAAACAGUGAAGCUUGAGGAGGAAGAAGAACAAGAAGCAGCUGUACUGGAUCUCUCCAUUUCACAUGCUUCAAAUUCCACUUCAGUGUUGCCAGCUUCGAAGCAGAGUGUUACAUCCAGUGUGCAGUCCAGCUCACCUGCCUAUUCUUCAGACUCUGAAUCGCCUGAUCUGUUGGCAAAACGAACUCUUCCUGGGCCAGCCGGGCUGUUCACAGUGCACAGCUACGCCAAGGGGGAUGCCAGCGGCUCCGACAAUGAACAGACUUCAGGGAGGAAAGCCAGUGCCACCUCCAGUGUCAGUGAGCAAGAGCUGACAGAGGUGGGAAAGGAGUACAUGAGCUCCCUGAAGGAGAGUAAGAAGUCCAAGGGUCGUCGCCAGCCGUUGAGCAAACUCCCACGUCAUCACCCACUCCUGGUGAAAGACUGCAUCAGUGAUGAUGAGGCAUCAGAGCAGCUAACUCCUGAAGAAGAGGCUGAGGAGACAGAAGCAUGGGCCAAGCCGCUGAGCCAACUGUGGCAGAAUCGGCCGCCAAACUUUGAGGCUGAAAAAGAAUACAAUCGCACCAUGGCCCAGCAGCCCCCAUACUGUGCUGUUUGUAUGCUCUUCCAGGCAUAUCAGGCAGAAUGUGAAGGCAGCAGUCAAAACUCUGGAGUAACUCCAGCUGCUGCAGAUGGGAAGGUCCGAACUAAACCGCUGAUUCCUGAAAUGUGCUUUACUGCAACUGGCUGCAGCACUGACCUCAAUCUUUCAACUCCCUACCUGGAGGAAGAUGGAACCAGUGUACUCAUCACCUGCAAGAACUGCCAUGUCUGUGUUCAUGCAAGUUGUUAUGGUGUAUCCCCUGACAAGGCCACUGAAGACUGGAUGUGCUCCCGGUGUACAGAAAAUGCAUUAGAAGAGGACUGCUGUUUGUGUUCAUUACGAGGAGGAGCGCUGCAGAGAGCCAAUGAUGACAAGUGGGUUCAUGUGAUGUGUGCUGUGGCUGUACUGGAGGCAAAAUUUGUGAACAUCGCAGAGCGGAGUCCUGUAGAUGUUGGCAAAAUCCCCCUGCAACGUUUCAGACUGAAAUGCAUCUUCUGCAAGAAAAGGAGAAAGAGAAUUGCAGGUUGCUGUGUACAGUGCUCACAUGGUCGGUGUCCCACAUCCUUUCAUGUCAGCUGUGCCCAAGCAGCAGGAGUCAUGAUGCAGCCUGAUGACUGGCCAUUUGUUGUCUUCAUUACCUGCUUCAGGCAUAAGACUCCAUCUCAGGCAGAGCGAGCUAAGGCUGCACUCCAGGAUCUGUCCCCUGGACAGAUAGUCAUCAGCAAGCACAAGAAUGGUCGCUUCUAUCAAUGUGAAGUGGUCAGCCUUGCAAAGGAGACUUUCUAUGAGGUCAACUUUGAUGAUGGCUCCUUCAGUGAUAACCUGUACCCAGAGGACAUUGUGAGUCGAGAUUGUCUUCAGUUAGGUCCCCCUGCUGAAGGAGAAGUCGUGCAGGUGAGGUGGACAGAUGGACAAGUUUAUGGAGCCAAGUUUGUUGCAUCACACGCUAUCCAGAUGUACCAGGUGGAAUUUGAAGAUGGUUCACAGCUGAUGGUGAAAAGGGAUGAUGUAUAUACUCUUGAAGAGGAGCUUCCUAAGAGAGUGAAGUCAAGGCUGUCAAUAGCUUCAGAUAUGCGCUUCACAGAGAUCUUCGAAGAGAAGGAGGUCAGUCAAGAGAGGAAGAGACAGAGAGUGAUCAAUUCACGCUACCGUGAAGAUUAUAUUGAACCUGCCUUGUACCGGGCCAUCAUGGAGUAAACGCUGCCUGUGGCAGAGGAAGAAGAUACCCUCCUCCCCCAAGGAUUUAAACGUUCCAGUACUACAGGCCAUAUUUGGAUGCUUUGAAUCCAGGGUUUCUUCUGGGGUUUUGUUCUUUUAUAUUUUAAGGAAACUAAAAAGCUGAUGCUCUGCAGUAGCUGUAAGGCAGCUGUUGGAUAGUGAAAGAGAUCCCAUUUGCUGAAGCUGAUGCCUGCACACUGCUGGUCUGAAGUUGGGUCCUUACCAAAUAAGCCAGCUUGGGGAUGUUGCUUUCAUCUUGUUGAGCAGUCUUGCUUUUUCUUUAGAGACAAUUUGACAGGUGGCAAACUCUUUGGGGAGUCGUUGCCAGGAAUCCUGGCAGCUGCAGAAUAGUAUGGUUUAUUGUUUUAAUUGAAUAAUAUUCCUGAAUUUAGGAGUUUCCCUGGUGACCACACCUGGACUUGAGCAGGCAGUAUUACUGGUGCUGGAAAUGGAACCUCUUUUAUAUUUAUAUCCUUUUUUUGUCGCAAACAGCUUCAGUCUCUUGUUUCUCAGCAUCUCCUUUCUGAGGUUGAGCUGUAGGCUGUUCAAAUCUGAACAGACAGGAGGUGCUUGUGUGAACAGGUGAAAUGUGAAAUUGAAUCAUGUAGGACAAAUUAUUUAACCUUCCAUUUAAUAUUUUGUUCUGAUAGUGCUUUUGACUUACUUAAUCAUGAGUUUAAUUGUUAAUAGUAUGUGCCUCAGAACCAGUGAAAUCUCUCUGGAGCCUUGUGAAGUGCAGCCUUCUAACAAGAAUAGGUGUUCAGCUCCCAAAGAGUUUCUUUUGAGUUUCUCUAAGGCAAUAUGACUAAAGGGACAGUCCUAACUCUCCCUUCCUGAAAUCCAAGCAUCACAGUGUUGGGGAUGACAGGGCAGCGGUAUCUGAAGCAGUGCUGCUCUGGGGCAGCUCUGUCUAUCGUGUGUCCGCAGGCUUUUGCUUACAGCAGCUAAUAGUGGGCCUGACAGAUGAGGUAUGCACUGAGCUGUGUGUUAUUACUGAAAGGCUGUGCAGUACUCUUCUUAAGCAGGAGUGCUGCCGUGUUGCUGUCUGGCAAAGGUUACCGUAGCAUUUUUAUAGAGUAUUAGGACACAUCUCAGUUGUGGUGGAGAGAAUUUGCUACCCCAGCCAUACGAAGUUGAGUUGAGCUGGGUAGCAGGUGUACCUGGAAGAUGUGCCAACUUGCUCCUAAUAAUGUAAGCAUUAACACACCACAGUAGAAGCAGUGUAAAUACGUGUUCCUUUCCCAUUCUGUAGGAAAGGGAUUUUAGGCUGUGGAGCAGAUUGGCCACCUUCUUUCUGCAUGGAAUGAUGGGGUGAAUUUUCCUACUGGAGAAAAUCAUGAUUGUGUGUUCUCUAGAAACUGUUCAAGAGGAGAAUUUUCUAAUGAAACAGACCUAAUGCAUCCCUGCUUCUAUAGGGACAUGGCAAUGUGUCUGCAAAGUCUGGAUUUGUAACUUUUUUCCUUUUGUUACAUAGGAACGCUAUAAACCAAACCCUUCUGAAACCCCGGUGCAUCAAUUUGUGAUUAGCAAUAAAAUGUAGUAUUGAGUAGUGAUACAACUCUUGAUCAGAAAAGAAAUAAACUGCAACUUUUAUACAGAAAA